AUGGAACAACCAUCAGUCACUUAUUCUGACAACCAAUCGCUUAACUAUCUCAGUCAAACUUAUAAAUGGAUCGAUACUAAUAUUGUUUCUUCCCAUAAAGAGGUAUGCAAAGAACUCGAUAUUUGUCAAGAGAAAUUACGUGAAGAACACGAACAAAAAAGACAAGAAAUAUUCAACAAAAGUUCUUUGCAUUCCCAACAACUGUCGCAAAAAGUUACCCGACAAUUACACCAAUUUCAACUUGAAAGAAAAUGUUCUCUAUAUCAAAGAAAAAAUAUAGAUUCUGAACAAACUCCUUUGACCAACCCGUCGUCCUAUCGUACCCUUCGUAAACGUAGAAAUCUUAGAAAAUUAAGACAUACCAAUAUUUAUACAUUAAGGCAAUCGAACCAUCCAUUCGUAAAACAAAUUUUUUAUGGUUCCAAUUUUUACUAA